AUGACAGGCCGUGGAAAAGGCGGGAAAGGUCUCGGAAAAGGAGGUGCCAAGCGACACAGGAAAGUCCUCCGUGAUAACAUUCAAGGGAUCACGAAGCCAGCCAUCAGGAGAUUGGCUAGAAGAGGUGGUGUUAAAAGAAUAUCCGGCUUGAUCUACGAAGAGACCAGAGGCGUUUUGAAGGUUUUCCUCGAAAAUGUCAUACGAGAUGCUGUAACGUACACUGAGCACGCGAAGAGGAAAACUGUCACCGCUAUGGAUGUAGUUUACGCUUUGAAACGACAAGGACGGACGAUAUAUGGUUUCGGCGGUUGA